AGCUAUACGAUGCCGAGUGGCACGAUAGAAUAUCAAGGCCUGCCCUUGACAACCUAGCGUUGAAGAAACACAACACACCUCAGCUUCUGCCCAUCACGGAAGAUCUCCUGUCCGUACGAAAGCACGUCACAGAACAAAUCGAACAGUUGACAAAGAAGGUGACUGAUGAUGUGACGGCAGAAAGAUGGAGGAAGCUAGCCGAAGUGUGCCUAACAAGGCUGAUUAUGUUCAACAAGCGAAGAGAUUUGAUAUGGUGGAAAUUGUGGGAAAGAGAAGGAGAAAAGUGCCAGUGAUCAUUACCGAUGAUGUAAAGAAGGGGAUCAUGGCACUGAACAAAACGAGAGAUGAGGGAGGAGUGAGCAAAGACAACGAGUUUGUCUUUGCUGUCAACAAUGGCAAGUCCACCAAAUCGUUGAGAGGCCACGAUGUUAUGACCCAUAUAUGUGCCCAGAUAAAUUUAAAAGAGCCUCGCCUAAUAACAUCGACUAAUUUGAGAAAAUACGUCGCGACGGUCAGUCAACUUGUGGACAUGACCGAGACAGAAAUGGGCUGGCUUGCACGACAUCUCGGUCACGACAUUCAUGUGCACAAGGAGUUUUAUCGAUACCGGAUACAACACUCGAGAUGGCCGAAGUAG